AGCACGGUGUUGUUAUGGUCGGGUCGACGCAUUCGGGUCGACGCAAAAUAAAAUAAUAUGAGAGCGUGAGAGCGAGUGAUGUUCCUCUUUGCUCAUCUCCCGGAUCUUGCCCCUCACCAUUCAGCAAGUGCUGUCUAUAUAUAUAGGAAUAAAUAAGGUUUCUCCUUUCCAGUCCAGAGGGGGGGGGCCCUGAGAAAGUGGAAAACAGUUGAAAGAGAAUCGGAGAGACAAACGGGAAUGGCUUCUUGGAAGAAAACAAUCACAACCCCUUUUAGGAAAGCCUGCACUUUCUUUAAUAAUCAGCAGCAACCCAGCACCUGCAGGGAGAAGAAGCCCCAGCAAGGGAAUGAGAACAGUGUCAUGGCGCUGCAGGGAGAAGUCAUGGCGUGCGGGUACGAGGAUGUCCAAGUUAUGUGGUCGAUCCUCGACAAGUCAAAGGCCGCUACCGCUUGCAAUCUCACAUCUUGACCGCUGCUACGACCACGGGAAUCUCUACUUCUCCCCCCUCUCCUCGCCGAGAUGUGCUUGUUGUCUAAGUACUCUGCUCAUGUCCUGUAUGUAUCAUGAAAUCUGUAGAUAUGAUCUCGUGGUCACGAGUAUUUUCGCCCAGUGUUGGUGCAAGUCGAAUGGAACCGUUAAAAGAAGUACCGGAGGGAUGAAAUGUGUUUUCGAGUAUUGCAACGCAGAUGUAGCUGGGACAUCCGAUGUAUUUUUCGGUUACGCAUGCUUAGCCCAUAAUUUAGCUAGGGAGUGAAUCCCCGUGAUCGAUGAAGGUCAUGGUGAGAUUUUAAUGAAGACCGAAGAAUUUCAUCGAUAA